AUGAGGAGCUCCCGGGGCAGCUCCCCGGCGGCCCGGGAGGAGGAAGAGGUCCCGGACAGGAUGGCAGGGAGAGAAGCGCUGUCGCAGGACGAGAGGAAGGCCGGGGGGCACGAUGGGGCCGGGCUGGGCCCGGGGGGGCAGGCGCCGUCCCGGCUCGCGCCCCUCAAUGCCCCGGCCACUGCUGGCAUCACUCGCCCCUUCUCUGUCAGAUACCUCGAGGGCGACCCCCGCCUCGAGACGGUGCCGGGCGGCCCCCGACGCCUCCCGAGCGGGCCGAAGCGCAGAGACCCGGGCUCCCCGACUUUGUUGCAGGCGUUUAUCGCGAUUUCCCUCCAUGCAUAUUUAUUUUUUUUUUCCUCUUUGCAUCUGCAGGGGCGCAUGGAAUAUCUCGUAAAAUGGAAGGGCUGGUCUCAGAAGUACAGCACUUGGGAACCCGAGGAAAACAUUCUGGAUGCCCGGCUGCUUGCAGCCUUUGAGGAGAGCUCUGUUUUUUGUAACACCUCUAGGGAGCGGGAAAUGGAGCUAUACGGGCCUAAAAAGCGAGGCCCCAAGCCCAAAACCUUCCUGUUGAAGGCCCAGGCAAAAGCAAAAGCCAAAACCUAUGAAUUCCGCAGUGACUCUUCCAGGGGGAUCCGGGUGCCGUAUCCCGGCAGGUCCCCCCAGGAACUGGGCUCCACAUCCCGAGCUAGGGAAGGACUGAGAAACAUAGCCCUGGCUCCCCAGAGCAGCAGCAGCAGCAGCAGCACCCCCAAGGGAGACAGCAUCCGGGACCGGGUUAUAAGAGUGGAAGAGAAGCCUGGGGAAACUCCCAAAAAGAGAGGCCCAAAGCCUAGGAAAGAGCUUUACAAGGACCUGACGGAGACUCUGGAUGCCUCCAAGAGGAAACUGGGGGAGCCGGGGGACAAGGUGGGGGACUACCUCAAGGCCAGGAAGAUAGAGGAGUCAGCUCCGGGGGCGGCCAAAUUCAGCUCGGGACACAGUGUCAUCCAGCUAGCCAGGCGGCAGGAGCCCGACCUCUCCGGCACCAUGUCCAGCCCUAACAGAGUGGAGGUUGGCAUGAAGCUUGGAGCCGCUGAGAACUACCCUGCCAGGGUCGCCAAGCACAGGGCCGACUUUCUGGACCCCAAGGGGCAAGGAGGAUUGGACCCCGGUGGGCCCAAGAUCCUGCACAGCUCGGUGAGCCCCAGCUCCAUGGGCAGCCUCUACCGAGACGGUGUGGGCGGCCAGGCGGGGAGGCCCUCGCUCAUUGCCAGGAUCCCCGUGUCGCGGAUUCUGGGCGACCCCGAGGAGGAGUCCUGGAGCCCGUCCCUCAACAACCUGGAGAAGGUCGUGGUAACUGAUGUGACAUCUAACUUUUUGACUGUCACAAUUAAAGAGAGCAGCACGGACCAAGGAUUCUUUAGAGAAAAGCGAUGAGUUUUUUUUUUCCUUUUUUUUUUUCAGGAGUGCU